GGGAGGCUGCGCAGCAUGAGGGGGGUGAUGCGUGCGGCUUGGCGGCUGGGGGCCGCCGCCGUGCGGGGCAGGGCUGGGCGCCCGCUGAGCCAGGCAGCCGGGGAGGGUGGCGGCGGUGCCGCCGCCGAGGGGAGCGGCGGCGGCUCAGGGUCGCGGGAGGCGAUAGACCGGCUGGUGCGGGAGCACCCGGUGGUGGUGUUCAUGAAGGGCAGCCCGGAGCAGCCGCUCUGCGGCUUCAGCAACGCUGUCGUGCAGAUCCUGCGCCUGCACGGCGUGGAGGACUACCGCGCCCACGACGUCCUACAGGACCCCGACCUCCGCCAAGGAAUAAAAAACUAUUCCAACUGGCCUACCAUCCCACAAGUAUACCUCAAUGGUGAAUUUGUUGGUGGCUGCGACAUACUCCUCCAGAUGCAUCAGAAUGGAGAUCUCGUAGAAGAGCUGAAGAAGCUAGGAAUCCGUUCAGCACUUCUGGAUGCAGAAAAAGACCAAGACAAAAAGUAAAAUGAGC